UAGUAAGUAAUAAAAAGCAGUAGGCUUAGUUAAAAAUGUACAUAAAAUGUGCCUCAAUCCCAAAGGUACAGAACUUAAUAAAAAUAAUUAUUAUGUUAAUCAAAGUUUACUGUACGUAUCAUCAAGGUGAGAAUCCUGAUACAAAAAAUAGGUCGCCCCGAUGACCUUCAGAGCAAUAUAUAUAUCACGCGGUUUCGUCAAAUCAGUACCAGUUUCAUCCCACAUCCCAUAGAAGGAACAACAAUUAAUUAUUUUAAAUUCAAUAAUUUAAAUAAAAUGUUCAAGUUACAGUGUUUGCUCUUGUGCGUUUGCUACCUAGCUACAGUUUCCAUUGCCGGCUUAGUACCUUUCAUUGACAAAUGCAAAUGGGACGACAAAGCCUGCCUACUGGCCUCAUCGCAAAAGGCUGUCCCGUACGUUGCAGCUGGUCUAUCCGACCUGGGCAUGCCUCCUCUAGACCCAGUCCAUUUGAGCAAAGUCGUGUACAAUGAAGGAGGAUUAGCUAUCACUUUCGAAGAUAUGACUUUGACGGGACCAGCCCAGUGCAAAAUUAAGAAAGUGGAGCGCAACAUUGCCAACGACAUGUUGUUCCUUGAAGCUGAAUGCCCGAUCGAAGUACGAGGAACAUACACGGCAUCAGGCAAAAUAUUAGUAUUGCCCAUUGAAGGACAUGGACCAUUCACCGUGAAGACAAAUAAUCUCCUGAUAUCGUUGAAGGUUGCUCUCAAGUACGUCGAUGGUCAAGACGGAGUAAAGCACUGGCAGGUCGGAAAACCUGAUUACUCUUUCGAUUUCAAAGAGAAGGCCUCUUUGAUCUUCGAGAAUCUGUUCAACGGUGACAAGGAGAAAUCUGACGCGAUUCACGCCAUCUUUGAAGAAAAUUGGAAGGACUUAGUCAUGACUAUUGGCAAGGGAAUUAUGAACAACGCUAUUGACACAGUCGUCAGUACAAUCGGAGACUUUGCCACUAAAGUACCAACCAGUGAACUGGAACUUCCUUACUAAAUCACUGUUUUUGUUUUUUCUCUACCUUUUUAUUUUUUCCAAACACACUUUA